AUGAACUACCUAAGUUCCAUUGAGCCCUUGAAUGGCACCAACUACCCCAAAAGUUGGAACCAAGUGCAGGUGGUCAUUGCUGUGUGCGAGUACGACCUCGUAGUACGUGAAGAUAAGCCAGCAGAGCCCACUAGAGCAAAUGUUGAUCGUACUUCCAUUGAAAAGUGGGAAAGAUGUGAUAGGAUGGCCAACAUGAUCAUUAAGCAGACGAUCUCAUUGGCCCUCCUUGGUGCUAUUCCUGAUAAGGACCAGGAUGGUAAGGAGCUGACCGCCAAGGCUUAUCUUGCCAAGGUGGAAGAGAACUUCAAGAGCUCCUCCAAGACUUAUGCUAGCACCCUCAUCAUGAAGAUGCUGACUUCACAAUAUAAUCGGCAAAGUGGAAUCAGGGAGCACAUUAUGAAUAUGUGUGACAUGGCAAACAAGCUCAAGGCACUGGAUAUGACCAUCUCUGAUGGUUUUUUUGGUGCAUUUCAUUACGACUUCACUGCCUCCACAGUAUAG